UGUCUUUUUUUUUAACAUUGUUGAGCUACUCAUGAACUCAGCAAACUAAGAUCUAAAUAUUACAAUUGAUUUUUUAUACAAAAAAUCAAAUUAACUCAUCAACUUUUUUUUUCUUGUUGGACUUAUUAUCUAUCGACCAUCAUAAUAUGUCUAAAAUUACAUCAUCUCACCAUGAUAACAUGCGUUUAAAACUCUAUUUGACGAACUUUUUAUAGGAUAAAAAACACUAUAAAACAAUGGUUAAAAUCUUUCUAGAAAAGAUCAAAGAAGAGGGUCAAAGAAAUUUUGAUUCAGGCGACAAACAACAUGUUAUUCUCCUCCAGUCUGCAUAUAUCAUAAGGUUAGUAACACAAAACAUGUAAAUAGAUAUUGAUCACAUAUUUAGAAAUUAUUAAUAUAUAUAAGGGAAAAGACACAAAAAUCCCCUCUGAACUUGGCACGAAAAUUCACUUUAGUACUUAAACUACACGGGAGUUUAUAUACCUCCCUUAACAUGUUUGAUGUGAAUUAUUUUUAACCUUCCGAGCACUAGCCCAGUUAAAGGUUGGGCAUUGUUACACACGCACGUUUUUAGUGGUCCACGUCGCCUAAAGAUUUUAAAAAUAUCUUACCCCUUCCCAAAAUACAACCCGACCCACUUAUAAACAGAUAUCCCUAAAUCUCUAAGAUCCGUUCCCAAAUACAACCCGAACCACCCGACCCAUUUAUAAACAAAUAUCCCUAAAUCCCUAAGCCCGCGAUUCUCAUUCGUUUCUUUUCUCUCAAACUUAGAAGAUCAAAUCUGAAGAUUCUCUUCCAUUAGCGUGAACGAGUCAUUGAUUUUAGGGUUUUCGUGAAAGAAAUAAAGAAUCGCGUGAAGAAACUACCAGGUUAGUAAUCUUUGUUUAGAUGAUUGUAGCAUUUGACCGAUUUUAGGAUUUUCGAGAAGCUUAGCUUUUUUUAUCUUUUCAGCUUGACGAUAGAUAUGUAUGUUACCUUAAGGUUUUACCAUGGUGGAAAACUUCAACAAAAACCUCGUGUGGAAAACUUCAACAAAAACCUCGUAUUAAGUAUGAAGGAGGUAUGAUCACUGAUUGUUUUGACGUAGAGGUUGAUAAAUUGUCCUACUUCAAAUUUGUUGAUAUAGUUAAAGAUAUUAUGUAUAACUAUGCUAUUAGUGUUGCUUAUAUUAAACCACCUAAAUGUCGACAUGUUGUUGAAGUGAAACGUGAUUGGGAUAUUAUGGGUAUUGUACCUAAAUUAAAAAAUGGAGAUUUGUUGAACUUUAUGUGACUCAUUUAGUUGAAGAAGCUGUUGUGGCCCCACCAGCAAUUGAAUAUGAUGUGGGUGGGGUAGGUGGGGAAUCUAAUGCUACUUUUGAUAAGAAAUCUAGUCAGACUUUUGAGGAUAGUGAAGGUUUAGGAUUAGAAGAACCUGCACAACUUGCAUAACCUAUUGUAGUGAAGAGUUGAGUGAAGUGUUUGGUAGGACUUCUACUAGUGCUGGAGAGGAAUUGGGUAGGGCUUCUGCUAGUGUUGGAGAAGACUUGGGCGGUACUUCUUUUGUUGAUGCAUCUGAUAUUACAAAAGUUGGGUCUGAUUGAGAAAGUGAUAUUCAGACAAUGCAGAUUUUUCUAGAUAAAGGAGAAGAUGAGUAUGGUAGUGAUGUUCAUGAGGAAGUUAUAAAUCUUAGGAAAGAAAAGGGCUACGAAAAUUAAAAAAAAAUAAAAAGAAAAGGUCCCUAGAAGAUCUGAAGGAGUUGUUUUAGGAAAAAAAUGAGUUGAUUUGGGAUAUGAUGAAUAUCUAUCCAAGAAACAAACUACUUUAGAGGGUAAAAUAGCCGGAGAUGAGCCCUACUUUAAUUCAGAUGAAGCUGCUAGUUUUGAAAUAGAUAUUGAUGAUGAUGUUAAUGAGGAAGAUGAGGUUGAAUUGCCUAUAAGAAGACAAAGAAAAGCAAGAAGAGAAAAAAGAAAUUAAAAAAAUUGUAUUUGAUCCUACAUGUCAGUUAAUAGUUCGAGAGACUAGUCUUGCUUUUGAAAGUGUUAAGCAGUUUAGAGAAGCUAUUACGAGAUAUGCAGUUCAAGAACAUGUUGAAUUAGAUAAAUAUGUUAAUAUAGCAACUAGGGUGAGGAUAAAGUGUACAGCUUGUUGUUCAUGGUUGUUGUUUGAAAGUAUUGAUUCAAGAACGGGAGAUUCUGUGGUGAAGAAUUACAAUCCAGUAUAUAAAUGCAAUGGCAUAACCAGAAAUAAAUUGGUCAAUUCAAAGUACUUCACAGAAAGGUACAGGGACAUACUUAUUUUUGAAUCUGGCAUUAGAGUUUUUCAGUUUCAAAUUUUAGUGAUGAAAGAGUUGAAUAUGUAUGUAGGGAGGACUGUAGCAAGGAAAGCAAGAAACAUUGUGUUGCAACAAAUUAUGGGUGAUCAUGUAGAGGAGUUUAAAAGAAUUCUAGAUUAUAGAGAUGAGCUCUUAAGGACUAUUCUAGGAAGCACAUGUGUGGUGAAACUUAGUGAAGAAACUUUUGAAGGUGACAGAAAUCAUUUUACAUAUGUUUUGAUGCUUUAAAUAAAGCAUUUAAAGCUGGAGCUAGGAGAUGUAUAGGAUUUGAUGGUUGCUUCUUGAAAGAUAAAUCUAGAGGUCAAUUACUUGUGGUUGUUUGUAAGGAUGGGAACAACCAAAUUCUACCACUAGCAUGGACAGUUGUUGAGGUGGAAAACACAUUCACUUGGAAAUGUUUUAUAAAGAUUGUAAGACAUAAUCUUGAGCUAGGAGAUGAUACAGAAUUGACAACCAUUACUGCUAUGCAGAAGGUAUUUUUAUUUUCCUUCUCAUUUAUUCAUUUAUUUUCUUUUCCAUUUAUUCAUCUAUUUUAUUUUUCAUUUAUUCAUUAAGUUAGAUCUCGUGAUAUUCUUUAUGUUGUUAAAAGGUCUUGACAAAGCUAUUCAAGAACUUCUGCCAAAUGCUGAACAAAGAAUGUGUGCAAGACAUGUUCUACCCAACUGAUCUAUCAAUUGGAAAGGCAAUGAAAGAAAAAACUAUUUUUGAUGAUGUGUCAAAUCUACAUAUGAACAAGAAUUGAAAAGAAAUUUGAAUCAUAUGGAGAAGUUAGGUACUGAAAUAAUUGAUAACAUAUUGUACUACGAUAUAGAAAGGUGGUCUAAAUUAUACUUUUAAGUUUUUUAGUUGUUGUGAUAGUGUUGACAACAACAUGGUUGAAAGCUUUUAAUUCAUGGAUUUUAGGGGCAAGAGACAAAACUGUCAUCAUGAUGCUUGAAUAAAUAAGAGUCAAAGUGAUGAGAAGAAUAGGACAAGUGAGGGAGUUCAGUGAUACUUGGAUAACAGACAUAUCUCCAAUGUCUUAAAGGUAUUAACAAUGUAACCUUGAAUGGAAUGGUGAAUAUAGCUUUGAGGUUAAAGACAGCUGGGGUAACACAUUUAUUGUGAAUCUAGGUACACAAACAUGUACUUGUAGAUCUUGGAUGCUAAGAGGAAUACCUUGUUGUCAUGCUAUAGCUGCACUUCAUUUUAGAAAAUUGGAGCCCAUUAACUAUGUUGCACAUUGGUAUAACAAGGAUACUUAUCUCAAGGUCUAUAGUCAUUAUAUUCAACCAGUUACUAACAUGGAAAUGUGGCCACAAUUGACAAACCUUCUGUAUUACCACCUGUUAUCAAAAUACUACCAGAAAAGCCUAGAAAGUGCAAGAGAAAUGAGCAGAAUGAAAGUAAAACAGAAAAAUUGUCCAAGAGAGGUUUGAGAUGACCUGCAGCCUUUGUCAUACAAAGGAUCAUAACAAGAGGGGUUGUCAUUUGAAUAAUCAAGCUAAUGCAGGCAGAGGAAGAGGAAAUGAGAGAGGAACAAAUACUAGUUCAACUAGGUCAGGUGUUGGCUCUUCUACAACACCAACUGAAUUAUAAUCAAACACAAAGAAAGGAAGAGGUCGACCAAGAGGUUCUACAAAACAAGUAAUAUUUAUAGUAAUUCAUGUAGUUGUUAUUUUAUAUCUUUAUCAGUCGAAUAUUUUUGUUAAUCAACUUAUGUUAUAAGCUAGUGCUACUAGAAGGGGAAGAGGAACUGAAACUGAUUUAGUUGGAAGUGGAAGGGGACGAGGAAUUACAACUGGGUUUGUUAAUGAAACAGGAUGCUAUCAAUGAUUUUGGUCCUACUGGAAGGGGUAGAGGAACUGGAACUGGUGUAGCUGGAAGGGGAAGAGGAAUUGUGACUACUGUAGCUCGAAGGCGAAGAGGAAGAGAAAGAGGAACUUGUGUAGCUGCUACUACUACUGAUGUUCCUUGUGCUACUGGAGGAGUGAAGAGGCCAAGAAUGGUUGGAAUGGGGAUACUACAUACACAGAGUGAUUUUACAAUCCAUAAUCAUGUAAUGCCUAUGAACUCUUCAAUAGUGACUGGAAAUCUUGGGCAUCAUAAACCAAGAUCACGCUUAAAAUGGAAAGGAAAGGAUGUUGUAACUCAGCAAGGUCUUCAAGAGAUGAGAGAAAACAAAAGGAGAACAAGGCCUAAUGCAGAUGAUGUUGGAUAUGGAGACUGUUUUAGUUUGAUAUUUGAGUUGUUUUUGAAACAAUUAUGCAGUUAUGAUUACUUUAGAUUGAUAUUUUAUCUGUUUUUUUGAACAAUUAUGCAGUUGUGGCUGCAUUAGUUUGAUUUAUAUUUAUUUUUGAAACAAUUAUGUUGCAGUUGUGACUGCGUUAGUUUGAUCUAUGUUUGAAAUAAUUAUGCAGUCGUGACUGCAUUAGUUUGAUCUAUGUUUAAAAUAAUUAUGUAGU